AUGGAGGACCAAGAGUUUUCAGGUUCAGCCCGGCUGACGGCGGUGGCUGAUGGGCUCGAAACGACAGAAGUAUCCUCGGGGACCGAGGCCUUCCUGGCGUCCCUUGUGCUCAGCGACCUCGGUGGGGUCGAAGGGUCCCAGGAGCCCGAGGAGCCCGAGGAGUGGGAGGAGCCCGACGAACGAGACGAAUCUGACGAGUCCGACGAGCCCGACGAGUCUACUGAGACCCCAGAAACUCCCGAACACCACGGGUCCUCUGAACUGCUCCAACUCCGCGAACCCAGCAAGUCCCGCCCGCGCCGCCCGCCCAGCCCGCACCGCCGGUCCCGCGGCGCCGAGUUUCAUCCUUGCGCCGCGAUGAUCUCCCCUUCCCUGGUGUCCCCGUCCCUGCCACGGAUCCUGCUGUCUUUCCCGCGCGAAUUUUUUCCUUUACUUUUCUGUUUCUUUUUUGCAGAUGCUGUUUUCUAUGACUUUGUAAGGAAAAGUUCUUUCUCUAGGAAGAGAAUCCAAGAACUUUCUAGGCCUAAAAAACAACGAGGAGCCCCAGACAGAAAACUAUUUUGGGGGAAUCAAGAUCCUAUUCGCCCUGUUUCCCAGAGUGCUUUGAAGGCUCAGCUGACCAAAAGACUUGAGAACCUUGCUCAGCCCAAGAAAGUCUCUUACAAAUAUGUACCUAACAGGUCUCAAUAUUACUACAGCUGUGGUAGAGAGUCUGUAAUCUGGGAGAUUCCUCCUCCUGCACUGUUUAUCCUACCCUCCAAAAGGAUCCAGAAGCUGGCACAGCCCAAAAGAAGCAAGCAAGAGCAUCUAAGCAACAGGCCCUUCAGUGAUAACAUAAGAUAUUCGCAUCAUAUCCCUGAUCCUUCUCCCCGGAUAUUACGACUCUCUAUAGCCAAAGGCACAGAUCCAAACUAUGUACCUCCAAAAAUGCUUGAAACAAAGAUUUCAACUUCUGUUCUGGGUGCUAUUGCAACUCCAAGAAUUGUAGACCUUGCCCAGCCAAGACUCAAGAUAGAGGGUCUAUGCUAUGAGAGAGAAAGAAUUGGAAUGCCCAUCCGUCCUGUAACCACUGCUGCCAAGCAAGCCUGUCCUAGCCCUCGAAUAAGAGCUCUAGCUAAGUGCAGGCCUCUUCAUCAAGAUUAUUUACCCAUUCGUGAUGCCCAUUGGCCAGUAUCUUAUGCUGCUAUCCAUUCCAAAGCAUCGCCCAGAAUUCAGGAGCUAGCCAAUCCAAAUACAAGGACUGCUGUGCAUGUUACAUAUUAUGAUCCAAAUGUCUUUAAUGUCAAGCCAGCUGCUAUGAAAGCACAGUGUUCUCCAAGGAUCCGGGAGUUGGCAGAACCUCUUAUUCGUUAA